AUGGAUGUGGGAGUGUUCAACUCGACAAAGCCCGGCGACGUUCCGACACAGCCCGGCGACGCCAAUGACCUGACCUGGGUCAACGUCGGAAUCGGAUUCCUCUUCGUUCUGUUCGACGCCCUUCUCUCAACAGUGCUCGGACUCGGUAUCGGACGUGGACUAGUUGUCGCCGCAUGCCGAUGCAUCAUUCAGCUCACCGUCAUGAGCAAGGUGCUCGGCACCGUGUUCGAGAGCAACAAUAUCUUCGCCGUCAUCGGCAUCGCCCUUCUGCUCGAGAACCUCGCUGCGAUCGAGGGAACGUUUAACAAGGCUAAGAGGAGGUACACUGGCAUGUUCCCCUUCAUCCUGCUGUCGAUGAUGUGCGGCACAAUCCCGAUUUCGAUUCUCGGCGAGCGUUUCGCCAUGCAGCAGCGUCCCUUCUGGAAGCCAGACCAGUACAUCCCAAUUCUCGGCAUGCUGCUCGGCAAUGCCAUCAGCGCCAUCGGUGUCGGCAUCAACAACGUUACUACCGAGUUCACUGUCAGCCGCGACAAGAUUGAGACUGCGCUCGCAAUGGGUGCGAGCCGUUUCGAGGCGUGUCGCCCGAUCGCGGUCGAGGCACUCAAGCUCGCCCUCCUCCCGACUAUGAACCAGAUGAGCAUCAUCGGUCUCAUCAGUAUUCCCGGCAUGAUGACCGGAGCCAUCGUCGGAGGCAAGAGUGUCGAGCAAGCCGCUCGUCUGCAGAUGAUCAUCAUGUUCAUGAUCAGCGCGUCCUCAGCGCUCUCGACACUGGCCGCACUCUACUUCACGCUGACGACGCUCGUCGACGCCUCAGCCCGUAUCCGUACCGACCGCAUCGACCCGCGCAAGCCGUGGAUGUACCGCGCCCGCGAUGCGUUCAUCGAGGCCGUCUUUGGCCCUAUCCGCGGCUUCUUCCGCGGCGAGAGGGGCACGGAGGAGGAGCGCCGCGGCCUGCUCUCAGGCCAGAAUGGCGAAAACCACGACAACAACGGCAACAACGGCAACAGGCACUAG